AUGGCCAGCGUUGGGCCAGCCUACCGGCGCCUCUCCUGGCUCACCAUUGCCAUCGUCGCUCUGCAAUUCUUCCACUGGUUCAAUCCGUCCGAGGGCUACUUUUACGACUUUGCCGCCCGCCGGUUUCACGUGACCGGGCUUGAGCUCAGCGAUGACAUUUUUGCGUACGAUGUCGCUUUUCAGCUCGCUGGUGGCCUCUUACAAGCCAUCCUCUUCCACCUCGUGAGUGGCUAUCUGGCCCUUUCCAUUGCCUCCGCAGCUGCGGCUUCAGCAGCGGCCAUCGUGCUCUUCUGCCAUGCCAAGACCUGGCUCCUCCUCUCCCAGGCAGCUUGGGGUCUUUCAUUCACCGUCCUGUACGUGGCCCCCGCCUUGAUCAUCAAUCAUGAAGACCCGGACAAUCACGCCCCAGCCCUGGCCGCCAAUAGCGCUGCCAUGCUCAGUGCCUCCCUUUCCGCCAGUCUGAUUGGCUUCAUCCUUACCAUGACUGAGCAUGACAGUGCCUCCUCCGCAACCUUCAUUGCGGCCUUGGUGUCUGCGAGCGCUUCUGCCCUGCUUUGCUUGCCCGUUUUUUGGGCCCAGCGCCAAGGUCGCAUCCACGCUGCCCAUGUAGCGGCCCACCACCUCAAUGCCCCAACCCGUCAUCCUUACCGCGACACCAUCGACGAUAGCUUUUCAAAAGAGCCCCUUCUCUUGGAGAUUUCCGAAGUCCCUGAGGGCCCUGAUACGUAUCGCACCGCCUGCAUGCGCUUGAUGCGCCAGCGCCGCUUCUGGUUUUGGCUCCUCAGCUAUUGCGUCGCCCGAGGCGCUCACACCCUCUGCAUCACCCUCUGGAGCGUGCUCUCUGCCGACGUCGACGACCGCGAGCACGUCCAGCGCUUCAAUGGCCUGGUCCUCUUUCUUGGUUAUGCUGCCGCCGCUCUGCUCGUCCUUGCCUGGGGCAGCUUGCGCCGUAGCGAUGAUCACCUGGCCUUGCGCGCGUGGCUCGGUCUACUCAUCAUCAUGAGCCUGUCCCUGUCCACCCUUGCCCUCUUGCACUCCUACCCUGCCUUUGCCAUUCUUUUUGUCGUGUACAACUGCAGUGCCGAACUGCUCCUCGUCGUCGUCCUCGUGCAGCUCGCUGCGCUCGUGGUCAAGGCCACUGACCUGCAUGUGCGCCGGGAUGUCCUCAACGUCAUCCUGUUUGCUCGCUUCACCAUCUCGCUGACGCUACAAAGUCUCUUUCAGCUCGGUUUGUUCCCCAAAUGGGGCCGCCUUGACAACAUCCUAGGUUUGGACCUUCCCGUACGCACUCAGUUUGUAGCCCUGGGUGUGCUGGUGGCCAUCCUCUCCGCUUGUGUCGGCCUGAUUCGCUUGAUCAAUCAUCUUCGCCACGGCUGGCGCUGGACACUUUAA